AUAACGAUUGUUUCCCGGCUGCAAAUACGCUCGCUCCAUACAUAAGUCGUGCGUGCGGUCAGGGGCUGUGUGCCGCUGCUUUCCAGCGCUCGCGCACGAAACCAGGUCUGCGGAACCAGCGCUGUCACCCAACACAGCUCUGGAAUAUUGUAAUUCGGGUGCUUCAGUGCUUCACAAUUUGGAAACUGUUCUCGGACGCCCAGAGAGAGAGAGAACAGUCCCAGACUCCUCUUGCCUCUGCAUGGAACAAGCCCCUUUGCUGCAGACAUACGGGGCGGGGGAACUCGAACACGUCUGGAGUGACGAGCAACCAUGUUCCACCUGAUCAAGAAGGACAAAGAGAAGGACCGGGACAAGGAGAAGGAGAAGGAGAAAGAGAAGGAUGGAGGGCGGAAGAAGGAGAAGAAGGAGAAGAAGGAGCGGAUGUCGGCGGCGGAGCUCCUGAGCCUGGAGGAGAUGAGCCUGCGGAGGGGCUUCUUCAACCUCAACCGCAGCUCCAAGCGGGAGUCGCGGGAUUCGCGGGAGCCGCGGGGCCGGCUGCAGAUCUCCAACCCCAUCCCCAUCAAGGUGGCCAGCAGCUCCGACCUCACGCUCGGCGACAUCGAGCCGGACGCCGACGACGACGCCGGCGACCGCGGGAGCGCCCCGCCGGACGCCGGGGGGCCGAGCGAGUCCGGCUCCGCCCACGACCCGAGAGGGGAGGGGGGCGAGGGGGCGCCCGACGGGCGGCGGGGGGCGUCCCGGCAGGACCGGGGGGGCAGGCCGGCCAAGCCGCCCUCCCUCGCCCGGAGGAGCAAGGGGGAGAGUCCCACGGAGGGCUCCGCUCCCUCGGGGCAGAAUUCGGCGGUCCCCUCUCUCCAGCUGGAGGGGAAGGGGUUCGACCGGCAGCGGAAGGCCCGGGCGGGCCGGGUCCCGGAGGUGGUGGACAAGACCUUCCCGGCCGACCUGCGCUUGCCGGCCCUGGUCGCCGCGGCGAUGCCGGAGCCGCGCGACCUGGAGCUGCAGCGGCGCAACACGGGCGACUUCGGCUUCUCGCUGCGCCGCACCACCAUGCUGGACCGCGCCGCCGACGGCGCCCCCUACAGGCGGGCGGUGCACUUCGCCGAGCCCGGCGCCGGCACCAAGGACCUGGCGCUGGGCCUGGUGCCGGGCGACCGGCUGGUGGAGAUCAACGGGCAGAACGUGGAGAGCAGGACGCGGGACGAGAUCGUGGAGAUGAUCCGGCGCUCCGGCGACGCCGUGCGGCUGAAGGUGCAGCCCAUCCUGGAGCUGAGCGAGCUCAGCCGCUGCUGGCUGCGGGCCUGCGAGGGGCAGCGCCGCGAGGCCUACGACGUGAAGACGGAGGAGCAGAUCGCCGCGGAGCAGGCCUGGUAUGGCUCUGAAAAAGUGUGGCUGGUCCACAAGGACGGCUUCUCCUUGGCAACGCUAGUGAAGACGGAUGAGGGGGAGCUGCCGGAGGGCAAGGUGAAGAUCAAACUGGAACACGACGGCAAAGUGCUGGAAGUGGACGAGGAUGAUGUGGAAAAGGCGAACCCCCCGUCCUAUGACCGCGUGGAGGACCUGGCGUCGCUGCUCUACCUGAACGAGUCCAGCGUGAUGCACUCCCUGAGGCAGCGCUACGGGGGCAACCUCAUCCACACCCACGCCGGGCCCAACAUGGUGGUCAUCAACCCCCUCAGCACGCCCUCCAUGUACUCCGAAAAGGUCAUGCACAUGUUCAAGGGCUGCCGGCGGGAGGACGUGGCGCCGCACAUCUACGCCGUGGCGCAGGCGGCGUACCGCAGCCUUCUCACCACGCGCCAGGACCAGUCCGUCGUGCUGCUGGGCCGCAGCGGCAGCGGCAAGACCACCAACGCCCAGCACCUGGUCCAGUACCUGGUGUCCAUCGCCGGGACCACCGGGAAGAUCUUCUCAGCAGAGAAAUGGCAGGCGGUCUACACCAUCCUGGAGGCCUUCGGAAACAGUGCCACGCCCAUCAAUGCCAAUGCCAGCCGCUACUCUCAGAUCGUCUCUCUGGACUUCGACCAGGCUGGCCAGGUGGCAUCUGCUUCCAUACAGACCCUGCUCUUAGAGAAGCUGAGGGUGACCAAGCGCCCGGAGGAUGAGUCCACCUUCAACGUGUUCUAUUACAUCAUGGCCGGAGCCGAUGCCAAUCUCAGGACAGAGUUGCAUUUUAACCACUUUGCUGAGAACAGUGUGUUCGGAAUCCUGCCCCAGUCCAAGCCUGAGGACAAGCAGAAGGCGUCUCAGCAGUUCGCCAAGCUGCAGGCGGCUCUGAAGGUCCUGGGCAUGUCGGGGGAGGAGCAGAAGGCCCUCUGGCUCAUCCUGGGGGCCAUCUACCACCUAGGAGCCGCCGGGGCCACAAAAGCCGGCCGCAGGCAGUUUGCCCGCCAUGAGUGGGCACAGAAGGCGGCGUACCUCCUGGGCUGCACGCUGGAGGAGCUCUCCUCCUCCAUCUUCAAACACCAGCCCAAGGGCGCCCUCCAGAGGUCAACCUCCUUCCGGCAGACCCUGGACGACGGCAGCUCGGCGGACGGCUCAGGGCCCAAGAUCACAGCUCUGGAGUGUCUGGAGGCCAUGGCUGCAGGGCUGUACUCGGAGCUCUUCACCCUGGUCAUCUCCCUACUCAACCGUGCUCUGAAGUCCAGUCAGCACUCUCUGUGCUCGCUGCUGAUCGUGGACACUCCGGGCUUCCAGAACCCGCGUCUGGCCCAGUGUGAGCGCGCCGCCACCUUCGAGGAGCUGUGCCACAACUACACCCAGGAGCGGCUGCAGACGCUCUUCCACGAGCGCACCUUCGUCCAGGAGCUGGAGAGAUACAAGGAGGAAAACAUAGACCUGGCGUUAGACGACUUGGACUCCAGCUCAUCUCUGUCUGUGGCCGCUGUAGACCAGGCCUCUACACAAGCACUGGUGCGGACCCUCUCCCGAUCUGAUGAAUCGCGGGGGUUGCUAUGGCUGAUGGAGGAGGAGGCGCUGUUGCCAGGGGGAUCGGAGGAGACUCUGCUGGAACGGCUCUUCGGCUACUACGGGCCGACCGAGAACGACAGCAAGGGCCACGCCCUGCUUCUGAAGAGCGAGAAGCCGAAUCACUUCCUGUUGGGGCACUGCAACGGGACGGACUGGGUGGAGUAUGACGCGCGGGGCUGGCUGAACCACGCCAAACAGAACCCCGCCUCCCUGAACGCAGCCAGCCUACUGCAGGAUUCCCAGAAGAAGAACAUCAGCAGCCUGUUCGCGGGGCGCACGGGCGGGGCCACGGUCCUGUCGGGCUCCAUCGCCGGGCUGGAGGGGGGGUCCCAGCUCACCCUGCGACGGGCCACCAGCAUGAGGAAGACCUUCACCACCGGGGUGGCUGCCGUGAAGAAGAAAUCCAACUGCAUCCAGAUCAAACUGCAAGUGGAUGCGCUGAUAGACACAGUGCGACGGUCCCGGGCCCAGUUUGUGCACUGCCUCCUGCCCAAAGCAGAGGGCCUGGGAGGGGAAGUUCGGGUGCUGGGGGGCCACUCCCCCCGCCCUGGAGACGGAGAGUCCCACGGUGGGGACUGCGACCCGGGCCUCAUGCAGCUGGACGUGUCCCUGCUCCGGGCCCAGCUCCGCGGCUCCAGGCUUCUGGACGCUCUCCGCAUCUACAGACAAGGUUAUCCCGAUCACCUGGUCUUCUCUGAGUUCCGCCGACGUUUCGACGUCCUGGCCCCGCACCUGACCAAGAAGCACGGCCGUGACUACGUAGUGACGGACGAGAAACGGGCUGUCGAGGAGCUGCUGGAGAGCCUGGACCUGGAGAAAAGCAACUACCACAUGGGCCUGAGCAGAGUGUUCUUCAGGGCGGGCAUCCUGGCCCGGCUGGAGGAGCAGAGGGACGAGCAGACCCGCUGCGACAUCACUCACUUCCAGGCGGCCUGCCGGGGGUACCUGGCCCGACAGUCCUUUAAGAAGAGGAAGAUCCAGGACCUGGCUAUCCGCUGUAUCCAGAAGAACAUACAGAAGAACCGGGGGGUGAAGGGCUGGCCCUGGUGGAAGCUCUUCACCAGCGUGAGGCCGCUCAUCCAGGUGCAGCUCACCGAGGAGCAGAUCCGCGGGAAAGACGAGGAGAUUCAGCAGCUGAAGGCCCGGCUGGAGAAGGUGGAGAAGGAGAGGAACGAGCUGAGGCUGAACAGCGACCGCCUGGAGAGCAGGAUCACGGACCUGUCGGCGGAGCUCGCGGACGAGCGGAACACGGGCGAGUCGGCGUCCCAGCUGCUGGAGUCGGAGACCUCAGAGAGGCUGCGUCUGGAGAAGGACAUGAGGGACCUGCAGGUGAAGUUCGAUGCAGUGAAGAAGCAGAUGGAGACGAUGGAGAUGGAGGUGAUGGAGGCCCGUCUCAUACGAGCAUCGGACCUGAAUGGGGAGCUGGAUGACGACGGGUCUGGGGGAGAAUGGCGGCUGAAGUACGAGCGGGCCGUGCGAGAGAUCGACUUCACCAAGAAGCGGCUGCAGCAGGAGUUUGACGACAAGCUGGAGGUGGAGCAGCAGAGCAAGAGACAGCUGGAGAGAAGGAUAGCGGACCUGCAGGCGGAUAACGAGGAGCUGCAGCGCGUGGUCCAGCAGAUGAAGAAGAAGUGCCAGAGGGUGACGGCCGAGCUGCAGGACACCAAGCUGCACCUGGAGGGCCAGCAGACCCGCAACCAUGAGCUGGAGAAGAAGCAGAGGAGGUUCGAUAUGGAGCAGACUCAGUCUCAGGAAGAGGUGGAGAGAGAGAAGAGCCUGAGGGAGAAGCUGGGAAUAGAGAAGGACAGGCUGACCGGAGAGGUGCUCAGCCUCAGGCAACAGCUGGAGGAUAAGGAUCUGGAGAUGUGUGCGCAGGGUCUGAAGGUGGAGCAGCUGGAGGCGGAGCUGCAGGACCUCUCCUCCCAGGAGUCCAAGGACGAGGCCUCGCUGGGCCGGCUCAAGAAGCAGCUGCGGGACCUGGAGGCCAAGGUCAAGGACCAGGAGGAGGAGCUGGACGAGCAGGCCGGCACCAUCCAGAUGCUGGAGCAGGCCAAGCUGCGGCUGGAGAUGGAGAUGGAGCGACUGCGCCAGACGCACGGCAAGGAGAUGGAGAGCAAGGAGGAGGAGCUGGAGGAGAUCCGGCAGUCCUGCAGCAAGAAGCUGAAACAGAUGGAGGUGCAGCUGGAGGAGGAGUAUGAUGACAAGCAGAAAGUUCUUCGGGAGAGAAGAGACCUGGAGUCCAAGCUGCUGGCUGCACAGGACCAGGUCUGCCUGCGGGACGUGGAGGGAGAGAAGCGUUUGAGGAAGGACCUGAAGCGCACCAAAGCCCUGCUGGCCGACGCCCAGAUCAUGCUGGACCACCUGAAGAACAACGCGCCCAGCAAGAGGGAGAUCGCCCAGCUGAAGAACCAGCUGGAGGAGUCUGAGUUUACCUGUGCAGCUGCGGUGAAGGCUCGCAGGUCCAUGGAGGUGGAGAUGGAGGACCUGCACGUGCAGAUGGACGACAUCUCCAAGACCAAGCUCGCUCUGGAGGAACAGCUGAGCCGGGUGCAGCGGGAGAAGAACGAUCUGCAGUCCCGCAUGGAGGAAGACCAGGAGGACCUGAACGAGAUGAUGAAGAAGCACAAGGCAGCCGUCACCCAGUCGUCCCAGCACCUGGCGCAGAUCAGCGACUUGCAGAGCCAGCUGGAGGAAGCCCUGAAGGGGAAGCAGGAAGUCCAGGAGAAGCUGCAGGGCCUACAGAGCCAGCUGGACUUCCAGGAGCAGUCCAUGGUGGAGAAGUCUCUGCUGAGCCGGCAGGAGGCCAAGAUCCGCGAGGUGGAGACCAAGCUGGAGUUUGAGAAGACGCAGAGUAAGCGUCUGGAGAACGUGGUGGCGAGGCUGAAGGAGAACCUGGAGAAGCUGAUGGAGGAGCGGGACCAGCGGGGGGCGGCGGAGAGCCGGGAGAAGGAGCAGAACAAGCGGCUCCAGCGGCAGAUCCGUGACAUCAAGGAGGAGACGGCCGAGCUCGCCAAGAAGGAGGCCGAGGCCAGCCGCAAGAAGCACGAGCUGGAAAUGGAUAUCGAGAGCUUGGAAGCUGGCAAUCAGAGCCUGCAGGCGGACCUCAAACUAGCUUUCAAGAGGAUCGGCGACCUCCAGGCCGCCAUUGAGGACGAGAUGGAGAGCGACGACAACGAGGACCUCAUCAACAGUUUACAAGACAUGGUGGCCAAGUAUCAGAAACGAAAGAACAAAACCGAGGGGGGGUCGGAGACGGACUCCGACGCCGACGGCAUGAAGUCCCGCCUCUCCAAAGGCAAGGGGUCCGCCAAGAACCUCUCAGACGACGGAAGCUUAAAGAGUUUCAGAUAUGCUGCAAACGCAGACGCCAAGGAAGGGAAAGAGUGGAAGGAGGCCCCUCCUUCAGUCGGAGACAGUACGGCCUGGACAGAUCCGACGAGGAAGAGGAAGAGGAGGAGAAGGAAGAAGGCGGCGCGGGCCUCAGUUCUUACCGCUCCAGAUACAGCCGCCGCGACUACCUGAGCGACAGCGACAGCGAGGGCAAGCCGUCCGACACGACGGCGUAGCGGCCAAACCCGUACCCCUGUACCCUCCCCUCCCCACCCCUCCCCUCCCUUCCCUUCCCUUUCACCCCCUCCCCUCCUUCUCUCCCCUUCCCUUAACCCCCUUCCC